AUGCCAGCUCAAAUUCAAUAUAGACAAUUUGGUAUUUUCGAUAAAAUCUUUAAAAAGAAGGAGCCUGAAGUAUAGAUUAAGAUCGAAGAGCCUCCUAAAAAGAUCACUCUUAAAGAGCAAUUGCAAGAUGAAAAGGAGAGACAGAUUGAAUCGGAAUUGAGAAAACAGGCCGAGGAGGAGGUUUAAAGAAAGUAAUUGGAGAGUUUUACUGUUUAAAAGCAAGUUGAUGAACGUGAUUAAGUCAUUCUGAAUCUUGAAAAUAUGCAAUAGUCAUCAAACACUACUGCAACUUAAACCUCUAAGACACAAGAGACCCCUUAGAGAAGCAUUGAACUUGAUAAUAGAAAAUAUAAGAAACUGCUCAAUAGAGUAAAAUCCAUUUAGGAUGCUUAUUAUCAAGCCAAAGUCAACGCUGACGGCACAGUCUCACACUUAAUUGUUAAAAAUAUUGAUGGCUCUCCCAAGACAUUCAAGGAUGUAGCUGCUUUUCAUAAGUGGGUAAAAACCUCGUUAAAGGAAAGAGCUCACAAACUACAGACAAAACUUACACCUUACUAAUACUACAUCACUCAAAACCAAGGCACUGAAAGACCAUUUACCAGUGAGUACUGGUGGACAAAGGAUGCAGGCGUUUAUUCUUGUGUAGUUUGCAGUUAGAAGCUAUUUAUGUCUGAUCACAAAUAUGAGGUACCUACUGGCCAUGCUACAUUCUGGAAUCAUAUCAUUGAUUCAGUUGAAUACUUAGAGGACAAUCUGAAAGUUCCCAAGGUGACAAACGCCUUUGUUGAUACCUUAUAUAAGAAUAAAAUACCAAUUAAGAGAUGUGUCUGUUCAAUGUGCGAGGCUCAUCUAGGCCAUAUCUACAACGAUGGUGUAGCUCCAUACUUCAAGCGAUUCUCGAUUAACUCAGCAUCCGUUAUAUUUACACCAAAGCCCUGGGCUAAAUAGCCAACAUAAACAAAUGAAGAAAAAUUGGCAAUGAGACGUCGAGUUGCGUAGACUAAAUACGGUCUGUCAGAAUUUAACUCAGUUAUCGAACACGCCAAACUUCUUGGCAUCUAGUCAUAUCUAGAAAAGACGAGACCCGUUGAUUUGAGAAAUAAAUCAAUGGAGGCUUAAUCAGAGGAAAAGAGAGCAGAGAAAAAAGAUAGAGCUCUCAGAUAUGCCAGCAGAGUAGCAAGCAAUGAGAAAAAAGAGCCAAAGGUAAAGAGAGAGAAGUCUCCUUCAUCUGCCAAUAAAAACCAACCCCAGUCAUCGCCUACAUCAUCCUAAUCUGAUAGACCCAGAUUCAACUUAAAAGGCGCUGCUAGUGUCAGCUAUUCCAAGAAGAGCAAUGCGAGCGUAAAUAAGACAGAAGACAAAGGGAGUGUAUGA